AUGGGACGGAUUGGCAAGCUUCCUUGUGUUGCCUUGGCCGGCGCUCUUCUCUUUGGGGUGGUCGGCAUCUCGCAGGAGGCUUUCGCCGUCCUGGUCCCAAGAAGCGCACCUUGCGUUGGGGGCCUGGCAAGUGCAGAUCAAGGCAGAACCCAGCAGAGCAAAAGCAGCUCUUUGGCAAGCAGUGCCGCUGGCGUCUCUGGCAUUGCCGCCAUCCUCGGUGCCGUCGCGGCUCGCAGGUCGCAGCCGGCCCAGCAGCGGGAAGGCCAAGGCAGAGCCCAGAGAAUUCAGAGGACCGCUGAUGUGUCUGGGGGCAGCCUCGAGCUCUUCUCGCCGGCGAAGGUGAACCUCUUCCUGCGAAUCAUCCGCCGCCGGCCCGACGGCUUUCACGACCUCGCGUCGCUCUUCCACACAGUGGCCUUUGGUGACAAGCUGGUGCUUGAGGUUUUGCCGGAAGAUGCGGAGCAUGAUCGGCUGGAGUGCAACCUACCGGGCGUGCCUGUAGAUGACUCCAACCUUGUCAUCCGAGCGUUGAAGCUGUUCCGCGAGAAGAGUGGUGUUCAGCGCUUCUUCGGUGUAAAGCUGGAGAAGGAGAUCCCAGCACAGGCUGGCAUGGGUGGUGGAAGCAGCAAUGCAGCUGCCGCCUUUUUUGGCGCCAAUCAGUUGUGCGGCUGUCCAGCCACACCAGAGGACUUGAUAAGUUGGGGCGACGAUCCAGUGAUUGGAUCCGAUGCAACUUUCUUCCUCUCGGAAGGCACGGCCUACUGCACCGGAAGAGGUGAGAUUGUGACGCCAAUCGAAGGUCUUCCUAUCAAGGAUGGCCUGAGCGUGUAUCUGGUCAAGCCCAACUAUGGCCUUUCCACGGGGAAAGUCUUCAAGGCCAUGGACCUCUCAGCGUUAAGCACGGAAGACCCAGAGGAGCUUCUGCAGACCUUCAAAGAUAAGGGCACUUCGCACAGCUCCUGGGUGAAUGAUUUAGAGAAACCGGCCUUCAAAGUGUCUCCAGAACUUCGCGAUUUAAAAGAAUAUCUUGCGGGAGAUUGGGACUUUGAGGCUGUUCUUAUGUCCGGGUCCGGCAGCACGAUCUUCUGCUUGGGUGACCCGAAGGGAGGUGCUGAGGCCUUCGAGGCAUCAACAAAGAACAACUUCGACAUCGAAGGCAUCUGGCGAACGGAGUUCAUGC